AUGAAAUCGUCCAUUCUUUCCCUUAUAGCUGUUGCUACCGUGGCCAUGGCUGCUCCUUUGGAGGGUCACCGUCACCACAAACAUGACUUGCACAAGAGAGAUGUGGUCACCAAGGUUGUGUAUGUCAAUGGACAAGGCCAAACCAUUACUCCUUCGGCUUCUGCUGCCCCUACUGAGGCUGCUUCGUCGACAGUGGCCACCAUUGUUUCGUCUUCUGCUGCUGCUGCUGCUUCUUCUUCUGGCUCUCCAGCUUCUCAAGCUGGCAGCUCCGAGACCUCUUCCUCGACUGGAUCGUCUUCUGGUGGAUCUGGUGGUAUUUCUGGUGACUUGAGUGCCUUUUCCGGUCCAAACAACAAGUUUGAGGAUGGUGUUCACAAGUGUUCCCUGCUCCCAACUGGUCAAGGUGUUAUUUCCGUUGACUGGAUUUCCGGCUUGAACGGUGGAUGGACUUCCAUCAUGAACGAGAACGGUGACACUUCUUCCACCUGUCAGGACGGUUACUACUGUUCUUACGCUUGUCAGGCUGGUAUGUCCAAGACCCAAUGGCCUUCCGAACAACCAUCCAAUGGUAUUUCCGUUGGUGGUUUGUACUGUAAGAACGGUUACUUGUACAAGACUAACUCGGACUCCGACUACUUGUGUUCUUGGGGUGAACAAACCGCCACUUUUGUGUCAGAAAUCUCCAAGGAUGUUGCUAUCUGUAGAACUGACUACCCUGGUUCCGAGAACAUGAACAUUCCAACCUUGUUGGAAGGUGGUGGUAAAGCUCCUGUUUCCGUUGUCGAUUCUGCCAGUUACUACACCUGGAAGGGUGGUAAGACCUCCACUCAAUACUACGUCAACAACGCCGGUGUUUCUGUCGAAGAUGGAUGUAUCUGGGGUACUGAUGGAUCUGGUGUCGGUAACUGGGCUCCUGUCGUUUUGGGAGCCGGUAUGACUAACGGUAAGACUUACUUGUCUUUGAUUCCUAACCCUAACAACAAAGACGCUCCAAACUACAACAUUAAGAUUGUUGGUGCUGACGGUGCCAAUGUCGUUGGUGACUGUAAGUACGAGGAUGGCUCCUACAAUGGUAACGGAUCUGAUGGUUGUACCGUGACCGUUACUUCGGGUAGUGCCAACUUUGUGUUUUACUAA